AUGCCUCUUGGAUCAAUUGGAUCGAUAUUUUCUUACGAAUACUACUUCAACCUUUUAACCGACUUUGAAAAGAAGGCUCCGAAAUGUCACCUACACUUGGUUAAUCAUGGUUUGAAAGUUGUAGCAGUCAGUUAUGAGGCGCAUGCCGGCGUGCUUGAACAGUUAGCAAUGGCGCAGAAGAACAUGGUUUGGUUGAGGACGAGGUUCGAAAAUGUCUGUUUCGAACUUAGUGUGAUUAUCAGAUUGCCGGAGACUGUAAGUUUUUUGAUUUGAGAGAUUUUUAUACGGAAACUUCCGGAAAGUAGUGAGUCCUCUGUCGAAAAUCGCAUCGCCAAAAAUGAAUUGUGUCGCGGCAAAAUCAAAUUGCUUUUCAUUUUAGCGACGCCAUCGGGGCAGCGACAGAGUGCUCAUUAUUUUCCCGAGAGACUGAUAGAUCGCAUUUCCGAAACACUACUGAGAUUCUUUGCUUCCGCUAUGCGGAAACAACUAAGUUUUCAGCGCAAAAAUGCGCGAAAGUUUCACAGAUUUCCUGAUUAAGAAAUAGCUGGCUUGGACUGGUUGCCUCGGUUUUUUUGACUAUGAUAUUAUUAUCAUAAAAUGCGACAAAAAUUACCUUAGUCCCCCCUCGUGCAAGUCAUUCCGACAACUUUCCGGAAGGAUAGUAAAACUCAUCCCAUUUGGCCAUGAUAAUCUUGUUUCAGGCACAAUUUCAUCGUCGCGAAUGGCUGAAUCUUGUCGAUGAGCUGACUCCACUGUGUGAUAUCAGCUUCAGGCAAGAUUGUUGGAUGUACAAGCCCGACUAUCCUAAUUUUGAUGGUGUAAGUCAUCAUUACGCGUUUUUUAUUUUUGUUUGGAUUUCAUAAACUUGACAUUUUUUAGGAGCAUACCGGUUUACGAGUCGACUGGCAAUACAACUUUUCAAAUGAUGUCUUUGACGAUCUGAAUGGCCAGAAUUUACGGGUUUUUGAGUGA